CGAGUGCUUAAUCCGAUUCCUGGUGGUGCGGUGUUGCAGGGUUGCAGCGCGUAAACACAGUAUCACGUAAACAAGAUUUACGUUAUGUCUGCUUUGUAAAAGCUAUUUAUUCUUGGUCUCUGUAAUACUUGCCGAUUAAGUGCCUCGGUUGGUGACGAUGUUGGCGAUGUGUCAUGCUUGAUGACUUGAUGACAGCGGCCGACUUUGAGCACACAUUUCUCGCUCGGGAGAAACGGACCACACAAGGGUUUUUCAAUGGCCUAUGGUCGCAAAGACGGUUCCAGCUACUUGGACGGUGUGCAAGUGAAAGUCUCGGAGAAAUUUCGUGCGCCACGGAAGAUUGUGCUGCCAUUCAGCUUAAGCAGGAACUCGCUUCCUCAGUCUCUUAACUUUGAUUACGAUUUUUCGACAGAACUGAAGGCAAUAGAACAAGCAGAGAAUUACAGAGAGGAACAAAUAGCCAAGCAGAAAGCAUGUGUGGAGAAAGUGGCUUCAGAUAUCGAACAGUUCAGUCAGAGUGGAGCAGUCUGCAAUGGCUCUCUUCCCACAUCGGAAAAAGUGAAGCAAGCAGGCAACCUUGGUAGUCUGAUGCCAGCCGUUCCAUCCAACUCCAUACUGCUUCCAGCUCCUGCAGCAGAAGCCAAGGAGCCAGCUAGCCGGAAAAAUGAUUUCAAUCUUGCAGAGUUUGAGAAUGACACUUCGAGCCCGUUUGACUACAUGGAGCUGCAGACCAUAAACGACAUGGAAGAGCUCAACUCUGUGUUUCAGGGAAUGACCGGAGCCGCUGUACGUGAAUGCAAGGAGGAGACCCGUAACCCUAAACAAGACCCAACCAGACAGGAGAUUGAACAUGUCCCACCAGAUGUGAAUGCCACGAGCGCAGCAAAUGGAGUUGCCACAGGUUCAGUUGAAGACACCAUUCCAAAGGGGCUUGCUGCAGGGCGACUACACAUAUUGAGAACAUCAGAUCUUCAGCUAUUCAGUGACGGUGGACCACAUGAUAGCAACGCAGCCUCACAGCUGCAGUUACCCGAGACCCCUGCGAUUGCUGAGACUCUGCAUCGGAGGGCGUUGAGGGCGACAUUAUCCCCGGAAUUGGAAGAACUUCUGCAAUCUGUCAUUGACAUGGGGUUCCCUGAAGACCGUGCAUUGCGGGUUAUACAGCGGCACGGAGCUGACAGCAAAAAGGUGAUCGAGCAUCUGUGUCAGAUACAGUCUUUGACUGAUGAAGGAUUCAGUGAAGACGAUGCUGAGGCAGCUCUUACGGAGCAUCAAGACUCUUACAAACAGGCACUGGAAUUCCUUAAGCUGCAACAGCAAUUCCUGGCUCUAGGUUUUCCAAAAGAACGAAUAUCAUCGGCACUGCACGAAUGCAACAACGAUCGUGACAGAGCAUUGGACUCUCUGCUAGGCUGAUGGUAACAUAAAGUAAAGGUCCUGUAAGCUAUGUUAAAUUUUGUACAUAGUAAAAAAAAAAUUAAACUUAAUAUCAUUCUUUUC